GGCGACGUAAAGAAAUGUUCACAUUUUUUUAAUGAGAAGAAAAAGAAAUGGUAUUAUGAAUAGAACAUGCAUGCUUGAUUUUCAAUAUACACCUUGAUGAUUAAUAAAGCAAUUUUCCAUGACCAAAAGCGUUUUUGAACCAUACUUAUUUACAGCACAAUGCGGAUUGGUUCGCUUGCUGUACAAGAGCUUGAAGACGAGGUUUGUUCACAUCACAAAACUUUAACUUAGCCGAACUUUGUUUUAAGAAAGUUUGGUAAGAGAAAUACUUUGAAAAAGUAAUAAUGCCUUCACAUACAUAUAUUUUUUUGUUUAAAAUUAAAGACUAGCUCAGACUUUAACACAAUAUAAAUAUUCGCUGGGCAUUCUUCAUUGUUGGUAAAUUAAAUAAUUAUUUCAAAAUUCAGAAUUGAAUUGACUAGGACUAGGACUAGAUCUAGGUAGGCCUACUUUGAUAAAAAAAUUAGGCAAAUGGCUGAUUUUUUGGGGGUAAAAAUAAACCAAUGGCAUAGUUGAGUAGAGCUAAAUUUUUACAGAUUUAUAACACCUAAAUCAUAUUUUUAGCUGUUGUAGUUUUAAAGUUAUGUAAUUUUGUAGUACGACUAAGACUUGACUUGGUUUGUCCUUUUUUAAGAUGGACCGCAUCUCCACAUUCUGUAACCCAAUUUCGCAGUUCGCGUCACGAGCUAUAUAACUCUCGUUUUAAUGAUAAUUUUAUGCGACUUUUAUUUUCAUAACUGACGAAUGCUGUUGUAUUAAAAAAUAAUUUUAAUAAUGUUAUACAAUUAUAUAGAUUAAUUGUAGUUGUAGCUUAUCUUUAUCUAAUAAUGCACUUCACUAUGUAUAUCAGUAAAUUUAAUAUAAUGUAUUAAUAUAUGGCUUUUCUGUUUACCAAAUCUACUCUGUCAAUUAUACAGAUAUAUGCUAUAUUAUAUAGUCUGUAUAAAGCAACGCAUCCCCUAAAUACUAAAAUACAUUUUUUGGGAAAUACUUAUUUUGAACUUUCAACUUUGGCACAUGACUAAUUAAUUAAAGCUUUCUCUGAUCAAUGGUUUAAUAUUUAUUGCACAUGGCAAAACGAAAACUCUGAGAUAGUAUGGCCCAAGUAUGGCAGUACGGUAUAGCGAUUAUGCAAGUGAUUGUGAAUGGCUGCCCGUGUCAAUGACAUUUUGCACACGGCAAAUUAUGAUCAUUUAUAACAGGCCUGCACAACUCAUAAUGUAAGGCGGGCCGUAAUACAUUAUGAAAAGCUUGUGUGGGUCGAAAUAUGAUAGGACAUGGAGGAAAGCUAUCAAGAAAAUAAUAAUAAUAAAGAAUAUUUCGUUGCUUUGCAGGCCGCCAAGUGGGCGGGCCACAUGCGACCCGCGGGCCUUAUGUUGUAUAGGCUUGAUUUAUAAUAUGGACUCUAUCCGUUUUUUUUACCUCAAAUUAAAAUAUUAUUCUUUCAAUAACAUUUAAGUUCAUUCUAAAACAUAAGUUAUCAAAUAUUUUGAUGUAAAAAGUAGUCAUAAUUAAAUAUUUCCAAAGUAUUGGCGUCUUCCACCAUUAAAAGUGGGCAUGGCCACUUCCUUAUCGAAAUUGGGCUGAGUAACAUUACCAUAUAGUGGUUUACUAAAAAAGAGCAUAACAAGUGGCAGACAUGUCCUAACUCAAUGAGCAUUGGCGCAAAUAUACAUUGAUAGAUAAUACAGAGUAAGACUAAAUAUGAAAGACAUAAAAGUUGAACUUCUUUACACAUUUUUUAGUGAAAGAUGCCUUAUAUUUUAAGCGGAAUUUCAAAAUACAGGUUGAUUGAAAAACCCAAACAAAUCAAUGAAAAUGUAUGCUAAGAUGUCUACUAAAGUGAAAGGCCGGAAAUGGAACUCAAACAUAUGUCAAAAGUACUCAUUUAUUAAUAAAUAGACACUCACAACGAAAAAAAAAAAACUCAGAUUUUUCUGCGCCGAUUUCCAUUCCCGAUACACAAAAAGUAGUAGUCUCCCUUGCUUUAUAGUAGUACCUAGAUUAUGAGGAAUCAGGAACAGGCUAUAUAAUUUAAUAAUAAUAAUAUACUUAGAUCAGGCCUGAACAACUUAAAUGUAAGGCCUUAAUACUUUAUGUAAAAAUUGUGCGAGCUGAAUGAAUAUAGGACGGGGGAAAGCUAUUAAGCAAAUAAUAAUAAAAAAGCUUAUUUCGUUGCUUUGAGGGCCCCAAAGUGGGUGCUGGCUGGCUGUAUGUUGUGUGAACCUGACUUAGAUUAUGCUAUAAUUAUAGGUAAUUUUGUAAAAAGAAUUAUUAAAAUAUUACAAUUGUAGAGAGCAAACUCCAAUUAAAAAUAAAACCAAAAUCAACUUUCUAACUUGAGUACUUUUUGAGCUAUGAAUUUUUAAAGUGUGAGUUCGUUUGUAAAUUUUUUACUCUAUGGCAUGGACUGCACUGACACAUUUUGUGACCCAUUCCUGGUAAUUUUUUCACCGUUAUAACUCUUGUUUUUAAAGAUCAUUUUUGUACAACUUUUUUUUUAUUUUGCAAACCUAGAAAAUAUAUUUCUAGGUUUGCCAUAAGCCUGGAAAAUAAUAACCAGAUUUGACAAAUUUAUUUUACUUUAACACAAUACAUUUAUUUUAAAUUGUUCUAAAUCAACUCAAAUUGAUACCGUACCAAUAGCAAUUUUAAUUUGUAAUUUUUCUUUGUCAGAGGUCUGAGUGGCUUAAGACAUCUUUAUGGUCUCAUUGAUUGUUUUUUGAACCUUUUUGUGACAGAACUCACAUUAAUACAAAAAAUUGACAUGUCAUGGAUCUCUAUAUCAUUAAUCUAGAAUUGCUAUAUGAUAAAUAACUAAUAGGCAAAGUCAAUAGGCCUAUGAGAAUCCAAAUAAAAUUAAUCCCAUCUGUUCUAAACAUUGCAUGGACAGACAAUAAUAAAUGUAAAAAAUUUAAUAAAUUUAUAAAACAUGUAGUUUUAAAAAUAGUUUAUUAAUUUACAUAUAGACCUCCAUAUAAUUAUAAUGAAUUAAAUGUUUAUGCUGAAGUGCAUAAUUUUGCUCUUUUCUUUUCUUUACUUAUUUAGUCAAACUUGGGCUUAAUAUUAAAAUAAACUUUCUAGUGAAAAGUAAAGUAGUUCUUACCAAAUGGAACCCAAAUUGAAUCUCCCUGCUACUUUUCAGAGUAAGAUUUAUAUAUGCUUUAAGAAAGAGCAGGCCUAGCCUUCUCUUAGCCUACUGUGUGUUAGUGCUACACAGUGUUUUGACUGACUUAAAUUUAAAUAAACCAAAAAAAUUAAGACAGAAAAUGACCCAAAAUAUUAAAAUAACCUUAAUUUUCUUAAUAUAUAAUAUAACAUUUAUUUAAAGUGUAAAUUAUUGGACAGUCCUAGAAAGAGAAAUCAUUAAAAAAAAUUUAAUGUCACUUAAAUUUACUUGGAAAAUACUAGGAACUUUAUAUUUAUUUAUUUUCAUUCAUCCAAUAAAUUGGGCGGGGGAAAACUUUUCUAGCUGUGACCCAGAUUCAAGAGAUAACAGAGGCAUGGGACCCAUAAAUGAUGUAAAAAGUGGGGGGGGGGGGGUUUAAGGGUACCUGAAUCAUAUGGAAUUUAUUAUUUUAAAAUUAAUAUGAAACAUCGUGUGGAAUUACUAUUAAUUAAAUUAAUAAAUCAUCAUAAUUUAAAAAAAAAUUAUUUAUAAUUUUUUUUUAAAGGGAGAAUGAGUCAUUCAAAAUGGAGGAGCCAUCACGAGUCAUAGUUUGCCCACCCCUGCUUUAGAACAAUAAGAGCAUUAUGUACAAGUGUACGGUAACCUCGGCCCCCACUAUUCAUGGCAGCACCAUAAGACCAUUAUUUUAUGUUAUACAUGCCUGCCAGUAUUUAACUGGUUACUUCAAUUUUUUUUUUUUAAGUGGGCUAGAAAAUUAAAAACAAAAAAAUUAUAAUGUAAAGUUCUUAUAUUAAGUUUACAUUAUGAAAUUUAAUUUUACCUUAUUUUCUACCAAAAUAAAUAAUCAUGCUAUAGAUCCUGCACUUAUUGUGCUGUAAAUACAAGAUAAGUUCAUUAAGUUAAAUUAAGUUUCAUUAAGUUCAUUAAAUUAAAAAACUUGCUGUUAGGCUGGCUGAAGGCAGGUUGUUGCGUAUUGAGUAAAGGGACUUCCUGUAGAAGAGUGGGGAUUUCUUUUUAAAAAAAGUUGUGCAGAGGUAUGUCUUACCGGUAUUACACAAGAACGCCAUAAUAUCAUGACAAUGCCAAGACAUUAUAUUUUAGUCCUGGUCUUGCCAGCAUUAAAAAACCCCCAAAGAUUGUCUGCUCUAUAAUUCAUUGUAAGAAGUGACAGGAAAGAAAGGGCUGCCCUUUUACAAUCUUGGCAGAUAUUCAAGUGGGAGAAAAGGUGACAAACAUGUUCCAUGUUAAGGGCCAUUUGUAGAAUAACAUCUUGUGCCGACUUUGCUUAUUUCUUUAAUUAUAUCAGAUACAUUUGUUAAUAACAUGAUAUAAUUAUAAUGCACUGAUUUCCAUACAGGUCUCAGAUUAGUUAGUUUUUAUUCCACUAAUUACUUAAGUGUAUUUUUGAAAUAUAUUAUUUUAAACCCAGUCAUCACUCAUUAUAAAAAAAAAAAACUGUCUUCAGUUCCUAGAACUUGUUAAUAGUUAACAGCUUUUCUCACCCUUUCAGCAACUUUUAACAAACACCUGUUUGUUCACCAUUACACUAACCACAUUUUGACCUCAUUCUUGGUCUUCAAUUAAAAAAGAAACCACAAGGUUGUGACAAAAUAAGGGGUUGGGGGGAGAAGGGAGCAGGUAGAGAAUAUAGUUAUUUUAAAAGUAUGGGUCUCUUUUCAUUAUAACAUUGUUUAAAACCGGUUGUGUUCCAGCAUGCAAUGGCCUUUUUGUAAAUGCAAUAACAAAUGAAUAUAGUGUGUGUUGUUUAUAGUUUUCAGUCUUCUGUACUCUUUUGGAGUUGAAAACUGUGAAGCUACUUACUAGUACUUAGAAGUUAACAAAAUAUUUAAUUAAAUGACUGAUGUACAAGAGAUGACUCAUAAAAUUUAAAUUUUAAAAACAAAUGUUGAUAAAAAAUUUCUUAGGGAAUGUGAUUAGACAAGUUUUAAAAAAAAAAAUGUUGGGGCUGUUUUGAAUAGUUAGUGAUUAUAUGGAUAUGUACAACAUGAAAAUAUUUUUUGAAGAUGGUGCUCAUUGGAAAAUCAACAUUUUUAACUUCCCCCCAUUUAUCAUAAGAAGAGAAUAAGAAAUCAUGUUACCAACUUAUUUAAAGGAGAGACAAAAGUUAAUGAACACCUUAAACCUGUUUGAAUACUACAGUAAUAGUAACAUUUGACAGAUUGCUUGUGGAGCAUGAAAAUUGGUUAUGACCUUUUACAUUGCAGUUUGAAAUGUGCUUUCAACAUAAAUAUGUUUGAUAAAAAGCAGCUGUAGGAUUAUAGUUUUUAAUAAAAAUCUUAUUUUUAGAAAUUAGCAUCAUUUGCUUUUUUUGUGUGGGGGAAAAAUAUCAUGUCUAAAUAUUUUCUCUUUAAAAAUUCUGUCAGCCUCCAUUAGUUCAAGCCUGCUUCCAUGGUGACCCAGAUGAAGUGAGAGCACUGCUAUACAAAAGAGAGGAUGUCAAUUAUCAGGUUGGCUUACUAUCAAUCAUAUAAGUUUGGCAUAUAUGCCCUUGUCACUUUAUAUAAAGUUACAUAAACCACCUAUCAGUCACUUAAUUUAUAAUUCCAUAAUUGUUCAUUGGUUGAAUGAAGAUAUAAUCUCAUUAGAAACUGCAGAUGUUUUUUUUAAUGUACUGGUAAAGGUUUUAUAUAAAAUAAUAAGAAGUUAUCUAGAGUGAGAUUUGUUGCUAUUUAAAAGAUUACUUGCUCAUUUCUCACCAAAAACAUAAAAAUUAAUAAACUCUUUUGUGUGUCAUAUUGACUUAUGUUAUUAUAUAGAUAUAUAAUAAAUUUACUUUUAGAAAAGGAUAAUAUCCCUUUCCAGGCUAGACAUAUUUGUUUGCUGUUAUUUCUCACUGAUCAUGUGACUUAUUUUGCUGAUGAAAUUUUUGUAAUUAGGAUUCAGAGAAGCGCAGUCCCCUCCAUGCUGCUGCCUACUGCGGCGAGGCUGAAAUUGCUGACCUGCUUAUUCUUAGUGGGGCUAGAGUUAAUACAAAAGACAACAAAUGGCUGACACCGUUACAUAGGGCCUGUUGUUCUAAAAGUGAUGUAAGUAAUGAUGUAAGUAAUGGAAACUAAAUUGUAUUGUUGCUGUUAAUGCCCAAAAUAUGGCUCAAAAUUUUUACAAAUAUUUCUGGUUAUGUAAUUUGUGUGACGAUUUGGUAGCCUAAAGUUGUGCUUGAAAUAAGCAUCACUCUGGAAUUGACUGUUGUCUAAUGUGGAGCAUAGUUCUCAGUAUCUAGCAAUCUGGUGAAAAAGUUUGCUUGCACAAGUUGGCGCUGGCGCAAGAAUGCUUAAAGCUCUAUUUCUAGGCAGCGUAAGGUCGGUGAUUGAUUACAGCAUGCUAGUCCAAUCCUUUGCAAGCAAGACCGCAUUAGAAAAGCUGGGCCGAAUCCAGAAUCAGGCUCUGAGAUUCAUCUGUGGUGCUUUCAGGACCACGCCCACAGCUACUAUAGAGGUCUUGGCCAAUGUAGAACCGUUACAAAUUAGGAGGGAAAAGUCAAUAUUAAGUACCGUAGAGAGGUACCGAUGGCUGGACGAAAAGGAACCAGCCUUCCAAAUGUAGAAUAACUGGGUGGCAGGCAGGCGACUAAAGAGGUCCUCAUUCAUGAACCAGGUCGUGGAGCUAGAAAGGACAGUUGACCUGCCCCAAAAUAGAGAAAGACUGACCCUAAUACCAGUUAAUCAGCCAUACGUGGAACCCUCACGUCCUAACCAUACAUUUGGCCUUCACCGAUGCAGCAGUGACAAAACGCAGCCCUGAACAUGUUCAGAAAGUGGCAACCCUUGAGACCAUGGAUGUGUUUGCACACAUACUUGUGAAAGUGUUCACGGACAGCUCUGCCAAUCUGAGAGAAAGAACUGCUGGGUAUGGUGCGCUCAUAUUGUACCCGGCAGGAGGUCCACCAACAGAAGAGCUCUCUGGACCCUGUGGAACUGCAGCAUCAAAUUUUGAUGCGGAGCUUAUGUCUAUUCACAGGACGUUAGAGAGAAUACAUGAAACUUUAAAAGGGACGGAGCAUGCGGGGAUAGAUGUAGUCAUCUACUCGGACUCAAGAUCUGCUCUCAAGAUCUUGGGAAAGAGACAGGGUACCACAAACUUAGUCGACGUCAUCAUUGAUGACGUGUGCAAAAUUGGUGAACUAGGGGGCAAGGUGACAAUACAGUGGAUACCCGGGCAUGUCAACGUCAGUGGCAAUGAGAGAGCAGACACUCUGGCGAAAACCGGGGCUGCCCAGCCUCAGCCAGAAGUACCAAUGACUUAUUUGGGAAUUAAAAACUGGUUGGCGGACCAUUUCAGGACGAAGUGGUACAGGCAAUGGGCAGACAACGCGAUCGCCAGAUGUGUCUUUUCAAACUUGCCCACUCCUAGCAAACAAGACUCAUGGUGGGGAUUAGGCCGCAGACAGCAGACCUUAGUGAUGCAGAUGUGUACCAAGCACUGCCCCUUGUGCACAUAUUUCUGGCAGCUGGAUAGCAACAAGGAUUCUACCUGCCGGCACUGCAGCCUGGACCCAGAGACUCUGGAGCAUCUGUUGACCGAAUGUCCCUCUCUAGAUCUCCCGGGGAAGCCAGGGCGGUUGGAGGACCCUUUGUGAGGAAAAUGUUGUAUGGCUCAGCUCAACAGAUGGAGUAGGUAGUCAAUUUACUAGCCGGGGUGAUAAGAGAGUAAUCUCAGACCCUCACCAGAAUAGUUGUGUGUGUUAGUAAGUUUUGUGAUACAAACACUAGCAGUAAAGGAAUAAAACCACUAAAGACAAUAGUCAAAAACAAUAUUCACCUCUUCCCAAAUGGUAUUUAUUAAACUGCAAAAAAAAUCUCAUUGUCACUCUUGUUUAUACUAACACUACAUUAGUGUCGUGCCCACACAUUGUCACACUUGUUUUUACUUUUAGACUACUUUAGUGCCGUGCUCACACCUAAAGAAAAGGUACCUUUAUGAAUUCCCUUAUCAGGAAACGGUUGAAACUCUACUCCGCCAAGAUGCAGAUGUCAAUGCACGUGAUAAGAACUGGCAAACUCCACUCCAUGUAGCUGCUGCUAACAAUGCUGUAAGGUGUGCUGAGUACCUCAUCCCUCUGCUGACAAAUGUUAAUGUAUCAGAUAGAGCUGGCCGCACCAGUUUACACCAUGCUGCGUUUAAUGGACACAAGGAGGUGAGUGAUGAUGAUUUUUCUAUGUUUCAAGAAUAGACCACAUUGUCUAGUUCAGUGGUUCUCAACCUUCCUAAUGCUGCGACCCUUUAAUACAGUUCCUCAUGUUGUGGUGACCCCCAAAAAUAAAAUUAUUUUCGUUGCCACUUUAUAAAUAUGUGUUUUCCGAUGAUCUUAGGGGACCCCUGUGUAAGGGGCGUUGGACCACCAAAGGGAUUGCGACCUACAGGUUGAGAACCGCUGGUCUAGUUAGUGGUGAAUACCAAACGAGGAAAAGAAAAUAAUUUCUGUUAAAAUUUAUAAAUACUGUUACAUUUUAUUUCUCAGAAUAAGAUAUAUGUAUACGAGUAACUGAGUGUAAGCAAUAGAUAAAUAUUUAUAUAAUAUUUAGAAAAUCAGAUGUGAUUGCUGUUUAAUAAAUGUAAUACACUGAUUUUUCAUGGAGGCCAUGCCUUACUAAAGAAUUAUUUGUUGAUGACAGAUGGUCAGUUUAUUGAUUGACAAAGGUGCUACUAUAAAUGCCUAUGACAAAAAAGAUCGCCGAGCUGUCCAUUGGGCCGCCUACAUGGGACAUGUAGAAGUUGUUAAAUUAUUGGUGGACCAUGGAGCAGAGCUGAACUGUCGAGACAAAAUGGUAAGCGACAUAGUCAAUAGAUUUAGUAUUGAAUCAUUCUACAGUGAAUCGUAGAUCAGCAGAAGAGAUGCUAGGGGAAAUUUAGAUUCCCUUGACCUAGCUGUGUUUAUACAAAUUCUGUAUUUUCUGAGGUGGAUAAACAGUACAAUGGCUUUAUAAUUUUUAUUAAAGAUUUGAGAUUACUACUGUAAUUUGAAUUGAAUAAAAAAUAAAUAGGCCAAAAGAGGGGCUGACACGCCACACACAGUCUCAUACCGUUAAAAAAAAUAACUAUAUUUAUUUAUUUAAUUCAUUAAUUUCUCACAUGCUUUUAUAACGAAAAUGAAAUAUGCACAAAUUGAAUGAGGAAAGAAGUUCUUGUGUGAUAGUUUUGGCAUGCUGCAAUAUUUAACGUGCUGGGCCAACGAUGUAGUAAGGUACUUAAAAUUUACAACCAUAUAUUCUUAAACCUUUUUUUUUUUUUGCCAUGUUGUGAUCAUUACAUCAACAUCAUUGCCCAAUAAGAAAAGCUGUGAGAUUUAAAAAAGUUGGAAAAAUUUGGUAUCAUAGAACUAAAUUCAAUUAUUUCCACUAUUUGCACAGAUGUACACACCUCUACACGCAGCGGCCUCUAGUGGCCAAAUUUCUGUGGUACGUCUGCUCUUGGAACUUGGGGUGGAAGCAGAUGCUGUCAACAUUCAUGGGAACACUCCCCUUCACAUAGCUUGUCUGAAUGGUCAAGAUGUGGUAGUCAGCAAACUUCUUGAAUAUUCAGCUGCCGUCAAUUCUGUCAACAAUACAGGAAUGGUCAGUUUAAUGUUUCUGAGCAACUUUAACAUUUUAAAAAAAUCCUUCAUAUUAACUUCACUUUUGUUCAUGACUGGCUGGCUGGCAAACUCGUUGGAUGGCUAAUUGACCCACUUUCCAUGAGUAAUGUCUACAAAGUUAUGGUUCAUUGUCUCCACCAUAGGAAACCCUCAAAAUAUUGAAUAAGGUCUUCAUCUCCUCAUUUGUCAUGGACCUUCCUCAUAAUAAGGUCUUCAUCUCCUCAUUUGUCAUGGACCUUCCUCAUAAUAAGGUCUUCAUCUCCUCAUUUGUCAUGGACCUUCCUCAUAAUAAGGUCUUCAUCUCCUCAUUUGUCAUGGACCUUCCUCAGCAUCUGAUUUGGUGUCAGGAGAAAGCAAUUUGUACCUCACUUAUUUUAAUCAGCAUAAUCUCACAUAACAUUUAGAUGGAAAGAAAGUCUCAAUUAUCCUAGUGUGAUGGAAUGUUUUUGCUAACCAUUGGAAGGCCCUGUGAAUGAUUGGCUUCUAAGACAGUUGAGAAUGUUCAUGUCCAAUAAUAAUAGGCAAAAUUACAAUAAUGCUGCUCUUCUUUUACUGUCUAAUUAUCUUAUCUAAGGGGUAAGAGGGAAAUGAAACUAUGGAGAUUGAAGGUAUAAAGAAAAUGUUAUUUUUAAUGACUAGAUGUGCCUAUUAACUAUGGUUGAGCCAGGUGCGGUUGUUAACACCUUUUGCCAGUGCGGGUAUUUUAAGACAAUACCCAUCAGGUCCGAGUCCAGGUCCAGUUGUUACAAAAAAAGUUAUCUUCUCAUUUUCUAAAAUGUGUUCCACCCAAAGGUAAUUUUGAUCAGGGGGGGGGGGUAGAAGUUAGCUGGAGGGUUCCGUAGAGGGGGCUUUGUAAGUUGAUUCCCAAAAGAUUUUUGAUACAUUCACACACCUGGAAACUGAUACAUUCACACACCUGGCAACUGAUACAUUCACAAACCUGGCAAGUGAUACAUUCACACACCUGGCAACUUAUACAUUCACACACCUGGCAACUGAUACAUUCACAAACCUGGCAAGUGAUACAUUCACACACCUGGCAACUUAUACAUUCACACACCUGGCAACUUUUACAUUCACACACCUGGCAACUUUUACAUUCACACACCUGGCAACUGAUACAUUGACACACCUAGCAACUGAUACAUUCACACACCUGGCAGCUGAUACAUUCACACACCUGGCAACAGAUAAAUUCACACACCUGGCAACUGAUACAUUCACACACCUGGCAAGUGAUACAUUCACACACCUGGCAACUUAUACAUUCACACACCUGGCAACUGAUACAUUCAAACACCUGGCAACUGAUACAUUCACACACCUGGUAACUUAUACAUUCACACACCUGGCAACUUUUACAUUCACACACCUGGCAACUUAUACAUUCACACACCUGGCAACUGAUACAUUGACACACCUAGCAACUGAUACAUUCACACACCUGGCAGCUGAUACAUUCACACACCUGGCAACAGAUAAAUUCACACACCUGGCAACUGAUACAUUCACACACCUGGCAAGUGAUACAUUCACACACCUGGCAACUGAUACAUUCACACACCUGGCAACUGAUACAUUCACACACCUGGCAACUGAUACAUUCACACACCUGGUAACUUUUAAGUUUAGACAUACGCACAAAAUUAAAGAACAAAGUAAAAAACAAAGUAAAAUCAUAUGUAAUGUAAUAUUUAACAAAUGAUUAAAUCUUGAUUUCAAAGACAUCUGCUGAGUGAAUCAUAGUUUGUUUUUGCUUUGUAUGUAGCUGUAGCUGUAGUGUAGUGAGAGUGUAUUAACAUUAAGAAACUAGUCCCAUCACUCUAAUUAAAAUUUUAAAAUAAAAAUUCAAAUAGGUAAAACUGCAUAUUAUACAAGCUCAAAUAUUUUGUGAGGCCACCCCAGAGAGGGUCGUGACCCACAGGCUGAUAAACACUGCAUAACACAUAAACAUAAUAAAAGUCAAACAUGGAGAAUUAUUUUUUCAUUUGUUCAUUUUAAUAAAUGUUUAUAUAAUAUCAUCAUCUUGAUACCAUCAUAGCCUUCCUUCAUUUAGAACAAUUUGCUUUACUUUUUUGCCAAUUCAGGGAAUGUGCCAGGUGUGCUAAUGCUCAGCAUCUCCAGCUAUAUGGGUCAGCAACCGGCUCAGCCCUAAUAUUAACUAAAUCUAAAAGCAAAAUUAUUUGUUUCACUAGACCCCUCUUCAUUUUGCAUCAGCAUCCACACAUGGAAGCAUCUGUCUCGAAAUUCUUGUCUCAGAAGGGGCCAAUACGAAAGCUCAGGUAUGUAUCACCCGUGCUUGGUUGAUGACUGACUCUGUGGACAUUGAUAUUUUAAUGAAAAUAAUUGACUGAUACGGCAUUAAUAAAUAAAUGUAAAUUUCAGCCUGCUUCUGAGUUUUUUUUAUUGAGAAUAACCUAAAAUAGAACAAUGAAAUGACAAACUCAAUCACUCUAAGACUAGGGGCUGUUAAACAAAAAAUAUGAUGUCAUCAACUUGAUAUCAUCUAAUGUUCACACAUUUUCCUUAAUAAUAUUACCAUCUGAAAAUAACUUCUCAUUUACCUCUUUCAAAUUUUUAAAAAUUGGACGUUUGAUCGAAAAGUAUUUUAAAAAAAGGAAACUCUGCUUCUUUUGAUUAAAUUGCUCGUUUAAAAUAAUUGUUAAAAGUUUCUCAUGUCCAGAAUACUCAAGUUUGUUUCAAAUGAUAAGUCUCUCUGUUCAGUACUAAAUCCUUACUGCCUUAAGAUGUUCAUCUCUCACAUGGUAUUCCAUCUCUGUUGCAAUGAUGUCUUUCCAUCUGCUGUACAGCUAAAGUUUUCCCAUCCCAUAAGCACAUCAGCUGUUGGAUCACCGCCUGGAGCUCAUGCUAAAAAUACCAGUAUGUUUUCUAGGAAAUAGGUUUGUGCAUGAGGGUCCGUGCAGUCAUGAAAUAUUCUUUAUGUGGCUACCUUUUUUCUAGCACACCGUUCUGUCCUAACAACUUCCUUUCAAUCUCUGGUUCUGAACCUUCUUAAACCAGCAUUCCCAUGACCUGUCAUGUGUCUUACCUUAAUUCAUAAAACAUUCAUUUAGACGAGUCUAAUGGAUAACGCAAGAGUUUUCUUGCUUUCCUUAGGAAUACAAGAAGAUCCAGGUUCAGAGCCACUGCUGUAAACCCCAGCAAUCAUGUUUAAUCUGCAUGAAUCUCCAAGUUUUUAAAAUUCCACCUAACUGAAUCUGCAUCAUUACCUUUCUAUGUUGAUCUUUUUGAAGGGCAUGAUUAGGGGUGUGCCGGAAUCCGGUCCGGAAUCCGGUUCCGCCGGAUUUUGCACUAUCCGGUGAAAUCCGGUUCCGCCGGAUUUACAUUUAUCCGGAACAACCGGAAUCCAGAAUAUACCAGAUUUCGGAAUUUGCCAGAUUUUGUGACUCACCGGAUCAUAAUCUGAAAUAAAAGUAAUUCUCUUUCCCGAAUUCCACACGAUCACGAUACAUUAAUCGAUUGUUUCGAGCGUUGAGCUUGUUUAAUGUUUAAUAUUCCGUACAUACCAGAGGCUAGAGUCAGCACCGCUAAUAGUGGCCAAUAGUGUAGGGACUUUGAUAAGAAAAUUUAAACUUUUUGUAAAAAUAAACCAAUGGCAUAGUUGAAAAGAUGUAAUUUUUUAAAGAAUUAUAACACCAAAAUCAUAUUUUUAGCUGUUGUAGUUUUAAAGUUAUGAAUUUUUAAAGUACGACUUGGUUUGUCAUUUUUUAACAUGGACUGCAUCUCCACAUUCUGUGAUCUCAUUCCACCAAUCCCGUCAUGCGCAAUGACUAUAUAGUUUAUAUAAGGCAACGCAUUCCCUGCCUUAUCACUAAAAUACUGUUUAGACUUAGUUUAAACUUUCAACUUUGGCACAUGAAUAAUUAAUUAAAGCUUUCCCUGACCAAUGGUUUAAUAGUUUUUGCACACGGCAAACUCUUAUGAAUGAAACUCUGAGGUAGUACUACGAUACAGUUAUGCAAGUGGCUGUGAAUGGUUGCCAAUGACAACGUGUUGCACACGGUAAAUUCUGAUCAUUUAUAAUAUGGAUUCUACCGGGUUGUUAAAGCUCAAAUUAAAACAUUCCAGUUUAAAUGUCUUUAAAUGCAUUCUGAAACACAAGUUAUCAAUUAUUUUGAUGUAAAUAGUGAUAAUAAAUUAAUAUUUCCUAAGUAUCGUCAACUUCCGCCAUUAAAAAGGGGGGCGUGGCCAACCCCAUGGCGAAAUUAGGUUGAGCGAGCUGCAUAACCUGCUGCGAACGCGUAGAAACAUGGCGUCUCUCGUAAGACACUUAUCCAAAUGGAACGGAACUCAAAUAUAUAUCGAAAGUACUAAUUUAAUAAUAAAUAGACACACACAUCGGAAAAUUAAAAACUCAGAUUUUUUGGCGCCGAUUGCGAAUUCCCAUACACAAAAAGUAGUAGUCCACCUUGACUUACCGAAGUAUCUACCAAUAGUACCAAAAUCCGGAAUCCGGGAGAAACCGGAAUCCGGAUUAUUCCGGAAUCCGGAUUAUUCCGGAAUCCAGAUCCGAAUCCGGACCCGGCGGAUUUCGCAUAAAAAAAUCCGGAUUCGGUUGGAAAAAACGGAUCCGGCACACCCCUAGGCAUGAUAGAUUCAGAAACAACAGUCUUUACAAAUUUAAUUUAAGAUGUGUAAAAAUUCACUAUAACUUUAUGAUAAAAUAUUUGUAAUUUUAUUGCAUGUAUUAUAAUGACUUAAAAGUUUAUGAUAAGCAAUUAAAAAUCUGUGAUGAUUCAGUGUAUCCUAGUUUUUAGCAUUUCAUUGGUUGCUGUACCUCCUAAUUUUUCAAACUUAAUUACUAAUCUCUAGACCUGAGCACUUGGCAGGACAUCACCGGUAGUCUCAGCAGUCUAGAAUAGAACAUUCUCAAUAGUUUACAGGUUCAGAAUGAUUUUGUUUAUACAAGACAUUUUGGGGACUCUUCUAAAUGUCAUUUAAUUUUGGUGGAUUCAUUGUUGUCAAUCCUUUUUAUCCAAAGUAAUCUUAGUAAAUGUCUUUUAUUUUUUAAAAUUUAAAAGUGGAAAGAAGGGUUGCAACGAUAAGCAUUUUAGCAGAUUAAUUUAUUUACUGAUGAAUUGCUUUUACUACAUCAGCUGUACUGAUGAAUUGCUUUUGCUACAUCAACCGUUGAAUCACUGCCACACAAAAUAACACCAAGCAAACCAAAAAGCUAGAUCCUUUGAAUAUAGUGCACAAUCUAUUCAAAUUCAUUGCAGGAAUUUACAUGCACACAUAAUGUAUGAAAGAAAUAUUAUAAAAAUCUAAUCUUAUGGUCAACAAAGAAAAACAUUUUGGCUAUGUCAUAUAUAAGCCUUUUGUUGUCUUGAAAGCUCAGGAAAAAAGUGUAAUGUUAUUUGGACUUCACCAAUUCACAAUGUUACCACUGAUGAAAAAAACAAUGUGGGGGAUGAAUAUAUGAUAACAUUUUAGAGUCUUGAACACAUCCAAUUAGGUAAAAAUUUGAGAACAAAAAUUCUGCUUAGGUCAUUUAACAACAUAUAUCAGUUACAUCUAUAAUCUAUGAAGCAUUUUUCUGUAGGCCGAUUUGCCGAUGAAUUUGGGAAAAGGGGCAGAUACUGAUUAAUCAACAAAUGGGUGCUUACAGCCCUUACCUUAGUGUUAAUUAACGCCUUUCUUCUAGAAGAAUUCUCAAGCAUCACACAAAUACACACAUUAUCUUAUCAAUAUUCUUACUAUUAUGAUGUUACUAUAAUCUUACUUGAUAUACAUUCUAAGUUAAAUAAACAAAAGAAGCAGAGUGGAGUUUUAAAAUUUAAUAAAUACGCUCUUUUUAUAUAUAGAAAUAUUAUAACAUUUGGGGACUGUCCCAUCAAAGUAAGCAUUUAGCAUUUUUGUGAUAUACACCAUAACUGUGUGCUGUUUCUAUCCACCUCUUGUAACCAUAACAUUUUUUAACACUGUUAACUGUUCUGUCUGUCCAAGUACAGAUGAAUGCGGAGAUCCUAGCAAAGUCCAUUUAAUAUUGCAGUGUGUGACACCUUCUUGCAUGUUUCUUCUAACAUCUUUUCAGAGUGAAGAUGGCCGCACAGCUCUCCACAUGACAGCACUGCAUGGCAGAUUCACUCGAGCUCAGAGCUUGAUUGAGCAUGGUGAGAUCAAGACAUUGUUUCUCAAGCUGCAUUAGUUCACCCUUAGACGUCUAAUAGGUUCAUGGGUUGAAUGGCAGGGUCACAUUCUCUUCAAUUUUAUACAUGAACAUAGAAAUUCUCCUCUAUUACCAAUCACCUUUUUAAGGGUUUAACUUUUAUUGUUGGCGACGGUAAAGAAGAAAUUUCAUGUUAACACGACUGCAGUAUAUUCUAUUUAAAGUGUAAUUCAAUUGUUAAGUAGUAUUUUUAUUUUCUGUCCCUCUUUGUCUUGAGCCUUUGUGAGGUACAUUAUAUUUUUUUAAAGUAACAAUUUUGAAACCAUAAAAUCUCUCCAUAACUGUUAGGUGCUGAGCAAUAGUUCCAGAGCAUGAUUAUAUAAUCCAAUUGAAAACAUCUUUGAUUCCUUAACAGGAUGUUUAGUGAACACGUGUGACCGUUUAGGAAACACACCUCUCCAUGUAGCCGCUCGCUAUGGUCAUGAACUUCUCAUCAAUACCUUGCUUGAUAACUCGGCUGAUCCCAUCCAGUGAGUAUGAUCAUCCCUCUGAGUGGAGACAAACUAGUUUCAUUCAUUUCUUUAGCAUAGAUUUGUUAGUUAAAACUAGAUUCAGUUUAGAUGUUAGCAUCAUAAGGAUUCAGUUCAUACAGCUUUCUUUUCUUCUUUUUUUUUUUACAUCAUGUCAAGGAGAGGUUAUAUGGGUAUGCUACCCAUUCAUGUGGCCGCUCUCAAUGGCUACGUGGACUGUGUUAACAAGCUUCGCUCUUCUAUGCCCGCCUUUGAUAUCAAUAUCCCAGAUGAUGCCGGCCGUACCUGUCUCCAUGGAGCAGCUUGCAGUGGGUGGGUAUAUCAUAGAUAAUAGGGCAUGUUCAUAUUCCCUUGCCUUACUUACUUAAUGUCAAUCAAAAAUGUUCUUUAAAUUUCAAAUAUUGUGACUAAAAUAUGUUUUAGCUAAUUUAUUGAUGAUUUGAUGGAUCAACUAAACGAAAAUUGUUGUCCUCAGAAAGGUGGAGUGUGUUGAGUAUCUGCUCAAUGAGGGAGGUAAUUUAGCCUUGCAAGACAUGGAAGGAAGGUGGGAUGUCUUCUUUUUCUACCCAUUCUUUCUUUUUUUUGUUAUCUACAAUCAGAAUUUAUAUCUCUUUUAAGACUGUAAAAUUCUAUACUUUAAGUGCUUCUUGAAAAUAUUAAGAAAGGGGCCUUCCUUAAAGUAUGUCAUACUUCAGCAGUGAGGGGCAUUCCAUAAAGUAUGUCAUACUUCAGCAGUAAGGGGCAUUCCAUAAAGUAUGUCAUACUUCAGCAGUAAGGGGCAUUCCAUAAAGUAUGUCAUACUUCAGCAGUAAGGGGCAUUCCAUAAAGUAUGUCAUACUUCAGAGGGGUGGGGGAGGUCUGGUGUGACAUAAAAAUAAAAACUGAAACUGACCGUGAUGUUAAACUUUCUGUUGUGAUAGAUGUAUUCAGACAGUGAUGUUAAACUUUCUGUUGUGAUAGAUGUAUUCAGACAGUGAUGUUAAACUUUCUGUAGUGAUGGAUGUAUUCUGACAGUGAUGUUAAACUUUCUGUUAUGAUGAAUGUAUUCUGACAGUGAUGUUAAACUUUCUGUAGUGAUGGAUGUAUUCUGACAGUGAUGUUAAACUUUCUGCAGUGAUGGAUGUAUUCUGACAGAAGAUUAAACUUUUAUAUAUUUAAUAGUUAGUGUGUUUUAGAAAUUUUUUUAAUUAGUUGUAAAUUUUCUAGUUGGAAAGUGUGUCAUAUUUUGGGGGGAGGGGUCAUGAUUUUGGGGUGUGGGGGGUACGUUUACAAAAAAUAGUGUGACCUACUUUAUGGACGCUCCCUAACUUUUCUUUUAAUACCACUAUGAUUGACUGACUUGGCUAGUAGAUGAUCCGUAUAAUGGGGUAUUCCUCCAGGACACCUCUUCACUAUGCAGCAGCCCACUGCCAUUUGCAGAAUGUACUGACUUUACUGAAUGCUGGAAGUGAUGUGAACAUCACAGACGGCCGAGGAUGUACACCAUUGCACUAUGCAGCUGCCAAUGACACGGAUGCUAAGUAUGUUGGCCAGAUUUCAUCAUAGUAAACUUUGCCAGCCAUUUAUAUUAUUUUGUUGAGAUUGUCAUCUCAAUCUUAAAUAAAUAUAUUUUUAUUAUCAUGAAAAUCUUUUGGUGUUACUAUCUGAUUAUAAACAUUUAUUAAAAUGACUAAAGUUAUUUUAUUUACAUAAAUUUAUCGAAUAUAUUUGCUCUCAGAGUUGUUGAGUUAUUGCUACAUCAUGAUGCCAGACCAGGGAUUCGAGAUGAUGAUGGAUACAAUGCUGUGCAUUAUGCUGCUCUAAAAGGUCAUAAACUGUCACUUGAAAUGGUAGGGACAUUAUCAGUUUUAUGACAACCUUCUUAUAGACGUGCUUAUAUUAUGUUAUAUCAGUUGUAUGACAACCUUCUAAUAGGCAUGCUUAUAUUAUGUUAUAUUUGGGUUUCACAUAAUGAAGCAUGGAAACAUGGUGAGAGCAAUCAAAGACUUUGACAACAUCGUCCAUCGCAAGUCUCUUGAUCAGUCAGUCAACUCACCAUCUGCCUAUUAGUAAAUAUUUGAUGUGGAGUUGAUGGUGUCAAUUAGACAUCAAAGUCAAUCAGUGACAUUCAAUUGUUUUCUUGCCUGUCCACUUCCUGACAUGUCACCAACCAAUUCAUGUCUAUUUCAAGCAAUAACAUUUUAUACCAUCAAAUAAUACCUGCAAGUUUGAAUAUUGCUAUGUAAAAUGCCAUCACUUGACGUCUUAUCUCCGGAGAGUAAUCAAAGAUUUUAAAUUAUCAUCCAAUCAGUUGUUAGACGCUGCUCCUACAGACCUGUUACGCAGUGGAGCUCCAUAUACACCUGGCCACUUGGCGGUAAUUUAUAGUGAAUGUUUAAAGUGAUCUGUCCGUUCAAACAUUGAGCAAAGAUAAUAUUGCUAUCCCUCAAUGUUGCAGUUAGUGUUCUUGAAUUAUAAAGAUUCUUAAGGCAUAACUAAAUAUGUAAUAAAAAAUAUGGAUCACUUUAAAAUUAAUGUGUUUUUUUUUUAGUUGUACAAAUGUUGUACUUUAUUGAUUGUUUGAAUUGAUUUAUUGUUCCUUGCUAUCACAGGCCUACAAUGGUCACAAUCAGGCAUUAAUAGUUUUGUUAGGCUACAUGAUGAAUUUGGAUGUGAAAGAUGUUAAUGGUAAGUAGCGCUAGACUUGACAUGCUUACUUAAUAAAUAGCUCUAGACUUGAGAUCCUUAAUCACUGAAUAGCUCUAGACUUGGCAUCCUUACCUAUUGAGUUGAUCUAGACUAGGCAUCAUUACCCACUGAGUUGCUCUAGACCAAGCAUCCUUCAUUACUGUGGGGAUAAUCCUUAUUUCUACAUUUACAAAAACUAUAUUAAGUUUUAGUUUUUUAUUUAAUUAGAAACAGCACUUUAAAAAAAAAAAAAAGUUUUAAUUGAAUAUUGAAUCCCUUAUGCCGCCCAGGUGAUAUUUUUAAAUUUGACAGCUGUUUUGCAAGGAAGACUAAAUGGAUUGCUUAUUGCAGGUCGGACUAUGUUGGACUUGGCAUGUUACCGAGGUCACACAGAAUGUGUAGAAACUCUUCUCACUCAGAAUGCUCAAAUUUUAGUCAAUGACAAUUUAACCAGGAGGACACCUUUACAUGCAGCAGGUGGGACAUCAGUCAAAAAUUUAAACUAUGAACAAAUGUUGAUCAUAGCGAUAAAGUUUUAUUGUGGUGUUGAAAGUCAGUUGGUUCUGUUUGGCUAAGGACUCAGGAUAAGUGUUAGAUUGAUGGCUAAGGACUCAGGAUAAGUGUUAGAUUGAUGGCUAAGGACUCAGGAUAAGUGUUAGAUUGAUGGCUAAGGACUCAGGAUAAGUGUUAGAUUGAUGGCUAAGGACUCAGGAUAAGUGUUAGAUUGAUGGCUAAGGACUCAGGAUAAGUGUUAGAUUGAUGGCUAAGGACUCAGGAUAAGUGUUAGAUUGAUGGCUAAGGACUCAGGAUAAGUGUUAGAUUGAUGGCUAAGGACUCAGGAUAAGUGUUAGAUUGAUGGCUAAGGACUCAGGAUAAGUGUUAGAUUGAUGGCUAAGGACUCAGGAUAAGUGUUAGAUUGAUGGCUAAGGACUCAGGAUAAGUGUUAGAUUGAUGGCUAAGGACUCAGGAUAAGUGUUAGAUUGGAUGAAAAGUGUGUUGAUUUUUUGUUCUUGUUGACAUUCUGACAGGUAUGAAUGGUCACACUAAAUGCCUAAGUUUAUUGUUGGAAACUGCUGAGGAUGGUAACAUUGUGGAUUGCACUGACAUGUAUGACAGGUAGGUCAACAUUUACUUAUUGAUGGGAUGGUAGCAUUGGGGAUUUCUCUGACAUGUAUGACAGGUAGGUCAACAUUUACUUAAUGGGGUGGUCAACUGAAUUAGAUAGCUUCAUAGAGAAACUACAGCAUAGAAAUGGGACUGAUAGAAGUUCAGAUGAGCUUGGUUUGGCUUAAAGCCCCUUUGCAAUUAAUUAAUAUUAUUUGUAAGAUAUUGAAAGGAUUUGACACAUUGGUGUGCUGAAACUUCAGUAUUGGAGUGGGGAAAGUGGGUGGUGAGAUAGGGGAUGAUGGUGGUGGUGGAAACAUGGUUGAUGGGGUAGAGGAUGGUGGAGGUGAAACCAUGGUAGAUGGGGUAUAAGAUGGUGGUAGUGGCAACAGGGUAGAUGUGGUGGGGGAUAUGGGUGGAUUAGGUCAUUUAAUGUAUUAAGCUGAUGGAUUAAGUCAUAUAAAUAAAUCAAGCUGAUGGAUUAAGUCAUAUAAAUAAAUCAAGCUGAUUGAUUAAGUCAUAUAAAUAAAUCAAGCUGAUUGAUUAAGUCAUAUAAAUAAAUCAAGCUGAUGGAUUAACUCAUAUAAAUAAAUCAAGCUGAUGGAUUAAGUCAUAUAAAUAAAUCAAGCUGAUGGAUUAAGUCAUAUAAAUAAAUCAAGCUGAUGGAUUAAGUCAUAUAAAUAAAUCAAGCUGAUGGAUUAAGUCAUAUAAAUAAAUCAAGCUGAUGAAUUAAGUCUUAUAAAUAAAUCAAGCUGAAGGAUUAAGUCAUAUAAAUAAAUCAAGCUGAUGGAUUAAAUCAUAUAAAUAAAUCAAGCUGAUGGAUUAAGUCAUAUAAAUAAAUCAAGCUGAUGAAUUAAGUCAUGAAUUAAGUCAUAUAAAUAAAUAAAGCUGAUGAAUUAAGUCUUAUAAAUAAAUCAAGCUGAAGGAUUAAGUCAUAUAAAUAAAUCAAGCUGAUGGAUUAAAUCAUAUAAAUAAAUCAAGCUGAAGGAUUAAGUCAUAUAAAUAAAUCAAGCUGAUGAAUUAAGUCAUGAAUUAAGUCAUAUAAAUAAAUCAAGCUGAUAGAUUCAGUCAUAAUAAUGAACUAAGCUGAUGUCUUAAGUCAUAUAUAUUGAAUCAAGCUGAUGGAUUAAGUCAUAUAAUGUAUCCUGAUGGAUUAAGAUGUUUACAGUGGCUUGGGAUGGCAUUAAUUAUAUCAUACAUUAUUGUUAUGAGCAACUUGGGUUGGCAUUAAUUAAUUAGAUCAUAUAUUAUUGUUAUAAACAACUUGGGUUGGCAUUAAUUAGAUCAUAUAUUAUUGUUAUGAGCAGCUUGGGUUGGCAUUAAUUAAUUAGAUCAUAUAUUAUUGUUAUAAACAACUUGGGUUGGCAUUAAUUAGAUCAUAUAUUAUUGGUAUGAACAACUUGGGUUGGCAUUAAUUAGAUCAUAUUUUAUUGGUAUGAACUACUUGGGUUGGCAUUAAUUAAUUAGAGCUCAUAAUAUAGUUAUGAAAAAAUGUCUUUCAUGACAGGACUCCCUUAAUGUUGUCCGUGGAGUUUGGUCAUAUUGACAGCACAGUCUUUCUCAUUCGGAACAAUGCCAUUGUCAAUGCAAGAGAUACAGAUGGCAGAACAGCUUUACAUAGAGGGGUGAGAUGCAAUACAUAGCUUUAAAAUAGAUUAAUAAGACAUGAACAAGUAAACGUUUCGGCACAUGCCUUCAUCAGUACUAACAAAAAAAACAUUUAAAUAAGUAUAACGUUUACUUGUGUAUAAUGUAUAAUUAUUAUUAAAGCGUAACUUAUAUUGUUAUAUUGCCACAAUUUGUUCAUUAAUUAAGCAAUUAAUGCAGUGGCUUUCAACCUGGGCGUCCAAUGAUCCUCCUACAUGCCCCAACAACCCGCUUAGGUGCACCAACAACCCGCUUAGGUGCACCAACAAUCCUCAUCAGUGCCCCAAUAAUCCUCCUCGGUGUCCCAGCAAACCUCCAAGGGUGAAGGUAUAUACAUUAUUAACUUUAAAUAUAUGUGCCCCAACAAUCCUCCUAGGCGCCCCAACAAUCCUCCAAGGUGCCCGAACAGUCCUCCUAGAUGCCCAAACAAUCCUCCUAGAGGCCCCAACAAUCCUUCAAGGUGCCCGAAAAAUCCUCCAGGGUGCGGUAUGACUGGUAGAUACGAGUGCACUGACCAUUUAUGACGGUAAACUCACAGUUUGGUAAUUGAGGUUGUCCCAUUCCCUCUUAACCGUUUUCGGCCAUAUGUUCUUCCUCUUGCUAGUUCUGAACGGGCAACAUUUUUCCAGUUUUAGUAAGAUUUAGGGUUACGUUAGCAAAAACAUCAAAUCUAAGGUGUUAGUAAAUUUGUGUGAAAUAGACGGCAAAAUAAAGGGAAAUGAAUGCAGAUUUAUAAUUUUACUCACAUGUUGCCAUUAAUCCUCAUAUGAACACAAAUAUUUGCAAAAAACAACAUAUUGUUUGUGAUUGUGAGUCAUCUAUUUACUCUUUACAAACACUGCCACAAAAUCGAAGUGUGUUCAAUUCAACACUGCUACUACGCUGAUUUCACUAAUAUUACUAAUAAUAUUAAUAUCUAGUUCCAAUUUGUAGUCAAUUUGUGCACUUCAAUGUCACUUAAAUUGAAUCCAGGGAAAGCUCUGCUAUCACUUGAAGAAUCGUCGAAAUCCAUUUUGAAAAACAAAGCAUUAAAACCCCCGAAAACUAAAAAAAAAUUGAUGAAAUGCUUGUAACUGACGCCUACUCUAUUAAGAUAUCGGCAGAACCGGAUGUAAACAAUUGGAAGUCUUGCAAAGACUCAGAGAUCACGUGUUUACAACACUUGUUGUCACGGAUGCUUUUGGAUGUUUUGCCUUUUAAGUAGUAAAGACGUUUUUGGCCGCUCUGCCCCGUAAAGAAAAUACACAACCCAUUACAGCCUACUUAAAGUCCUAUCUUUGAGGUUGGAGUUGUCCCAUUCCUUCUUCUUGAUAUGCACACCCUAUUACAGCCUACUUAAAGUCCUAUCUUUGAGGUUGGAGUUGUCCCAUUCCUUCUUCUUGAUAUGCACACCCUAUUACAGCCUACUUAAAGUCCUAUCUUUGAGGUUGGAGUUGUCCCAUUCCUUCUUCUUGAUAUGCACACCCUAUUACAGCCUACUUAAAAAUGUCUCUUUGAGGUUGGAGUUGUCCCAUUCCUUCUUCUUGAUAUGCACACCCUAUUACAGCCUACUUAAAAAUGUCUCUUUGAGGUUGGAGUUGUCCCAUUCCUUCUUCUUGAACUUCUGUUGUGCUUGACACUUUUACCUUGAUUCUAUUGAAGCAUAUACUGAAUUGAAACAGUUAAGGAGGGGGCUGCAAUGAUCUAUUAUAUUGUUUAGGAUGCCCUCAUAAGAAAAAGGUUGAAAAUCACUGAUUUAAUUUUGAAGAUGACAUUUAUUAAAAUGAAUUAAUUGACUGUUAAAUCUUUUCCUCACAUUUAGUUAACUUGUAACAUUUGGAAAAUGUAUUCCUUUAUAUAAUGCAGGAAUCCAAAGCUUAAAUAAUGCUAAAUGUCAGAUAUUUAUUACCUAGAUUUGUAAAAUGUUGGUUGAGUCUCCAAAGAGUUUGUGUUUUACUUAGCAUGGUUCCUUAGGUUAUUUUCAAAUGAAAGAUUGACUGAUUGAUUGUUUAACUUUGAGACAUUUGUUGAUUUCCUUGUAUUACAGGCUGCCAAUGGCCAUGAAGAAUGCAUAGACACACUUAUACGUCAUGGUGCUGAUGUUACAUUACGAGACAAUCUAGGUCGUACAGCUGCCCAUAUGGCAGCAAUGUGUGGACACAUGGCUUUGCUAUCCUCACUUUUGAUGGUAACUAGAGUAAUUUUAUUUAAAUGAAUAAAAUAUUUUACUCAGUACACUGACCUGUUUUGUCUUUGUAAGCCCCUUUCUUUUUAAUGCCAGACCAAACUCAAGCAAUAUCUCCAACUGUUAAGAAAAUGGAGCUUACAUCUUUGAAGAAAUGCUACCAAGAAAAAUGUUCAAUCGUUCAUUUUGCUGUAACUUGUUAAGCUUUCAGAGUAUAUAUUUAGUGGUGCAUUUUAAUUUUAUGUGUGAAUCUGAGUUUCUUGAAAUGUUAGACCUUUAAACUGAUCAUUAUAUUAAAAUGUGUAAUUUAUCCUCAAAGUUUGUAGUGUGUAAAUGUUGUAUCAUCAGGCUGGUCCCAUGGACAGACUAGAAGAUAACAAAGGCUACACACCUCUUCACUACAGCUGCUAUAAUGGUAAGUCUUCUUUAGCUGUAAUGGUGCUCGGUUUUUUCUUUUAUGUAUGGUUUCUUUUAAAUUGUAUGAUUUGGAACAGUUUUAAAUGUCAACAAAAUUUAAGGACCAUUUAUCGUCUGUGUUGACCUUUUGGUUUUACAUUUUUACAAAUUGUAUGAGAAAUUUUUUAAACAAAUGCCAAGUUGGACUGAAUACAAUGUCCUACCAGAAAUUCUAUCUAACUGUGCUGUGCAGCAUUUAAAAAGAAAAAGUGUGAUUAAAACCAUCAAAAUAACCUGUCACACAAUGGCGGCGACAAUCUGUGAACUUGCCAUCUACUAAAGUUGCAUGACAAAUCAUGCAUUCAAGUAACGUGCCUAAUAAGAAUCCCAAUUAGUGCUCAACACCCUUCCCCCGACCUGAAUACUGCAAACAAAAAUUGUUAAGCUUCUGAUCUAAAUGACUAUUGUAAUGUCCACCCUAUUCCUGUACUGUAGAUUUAUCGACAUGAUAUUUAAAGUGAGAGUAUUUCCAUCAAAGAAAAGCCAAUAUUAUGCCCCAAGUGCACUUGCUGUAUUGUUAAGAAUCUAAUUUGGAGCUUUUAAGGGGAAUUUUAGUUUGCUUGCUGUUUAACUCACCGUUAUACCAGACUACAUCUAUACAUACAUACUUAGAUACAAACAUACAUAAAUAUGGGGAGAAUUAUAAUGUGUGAUGGAAUGUUGGUAUGCACCACCAGAUAGAGCUAAUUCAAAACAUAACCUUUUAUUUUUUGAAUAAUGCAGGUCAUGAUAGUUGUGUGGAAGUUUUAUUAGAACAAGAAAACAUGAAGAAGUUUACUGGCAACCCUUUCUCCCCCUUACAUUGUGCUGUGUAAGUAGAUGACAAGUUUAUGUUAGCUAAUCUAAGGCAAAGGUAUAUCAUAUUUAAUGUUCUUGUUCAUUUUACUUCAAGAAAAGUGUCUCUAACAAAAAUUUGAACUUUUCUUUUUGAUGAAAUGAUGUGGGCACAUUAAUUCAUCAAUUACUUCAGAAAUUGCCAAGGUGAAUUUUUAUGAGAUGAUGUUAUCUGAGUCUUAUGACUUUUGAUUUAAAUAACUAAUCAAUAGAGCAAUUAAGCGGGUGUGGAAUAAUCUUAAACUCACAGAAAACAAAAAACUAAGUGUCUAUCUGGCAUGUGUGGCCAGUACGCUCCUAUAUAGCAGUGAAGUGUGGACCACAUAUGCCAGUCAUGAGUGGAAACUCAACAGCUUCCACCAAAGAUGUCUCUGUCGCAAUUUGUGAGUGCGAUGGCAAGAAAAAGUGCCUAACAGAGAUUUUGGAACAUGCAAAAAUGUGUAGCAUGUUCUCAGCUCUUAGCAAGAGGUGCCUUCCCUGGUUAGGCCCUCUAAGGAGAAUGGAGGUAAUAUUAGCAAGAGGUGCCUUCCCUGGUUAGGCCCUGUAAGGAGAAUGGAGGUAGGACUUAUUCCUAAGAAUCUACGGAAGGCCCAAUUUAACCAGGAAUCAAGGUUCUCCUGCAGAAGUACAGCCGAGACAGCCAUUUUGGAACUGGCCUCGUUAACUAUUUGAUGAGGUGCUAAUAGCUGCUCCAUUGUCUCGCAAAGAAGUAAGGAUGCCAUAUAUAAAAAAGUUUUCUGAUGUUUGAGCUUGACUUGAUGUUUUUACAUGACCUUCAACAGCACUCUGAUUAAAUUGAUUUUAAGAAUAUUAUCUCUAUCUUAUGAAAUAUGCUUCUGUUUCAACUCAGUUAAAUUAUGGACUUUUAUAGAAAAUAAGUUUGAGAAAAUCUGUUAACUUUAAAAUGUAAACCAGGGGCUGUGUGUGGUAAUAGCUGUACUGGCUUUAAGAUUAGGAUCAUAACACGCUUGCUGAAUGCUAUUCCCGCCAUAAAAAUGUUUUUGAAUGUUAUUUCUAUUCAACAGGAUAAAUGGAAAUGAUAGCUGUACGGAAUUGUUACUGGAUCUGUUGGGAGAAGGUAUCAUCAAUCUUCAGGACGGUAAGGGUAGAACUCCGCUUCAUGCGGCCGCCUACUCUGACCAAGGGGAAUCUAUGCAACUGUUGCUGAGCCGUAAAGCUGAUGUGAACAUUCAGGAUCUUUCAGGGAAAACGCCCAUUAUGUAUGCUGCGGCCAAUGGGCAUGUAGCUGCUGUUGGUUAGUGGACUUGGUUUGCCAUCAUUGCCAUGCCAUAGCUAAAAAUAUACACAAUUUAUUUUUGACACAAAUGCUCUUAACAAACAAUAAAAAUUAGAAUAAAAAUCCAACUCUUCUCAUUGUCCAUGAUUUUAUUUUGUGGAACUAGAACCUGAAUAAGUUCUGUUCUCGUUACUUAUAUAACUUAUUUGACUUAUUUCAAAAGUUCUCCAUUGUUGAAUUGAUCAAUAUUUGUUGAAUCAACUUUUUUUGUGUGUAAAUAUUGAUUUUAUUCUUGUAACCCUAUUAAAAGACUAUCAUGCCAUUUCUAAGGUAAAAAUCACAAUUUCCUGGCCUGUAUCUGUGUUGACAACAAUGCUUUGGGCCAAGAUGUCAUUUCUAUAGACCCGUUCACUUAAUUAUUUUUUUUACUAUCAUUGUUGUUAUUAUUAUCAUUUCAGAGUUAUUGUUAGAGUAUGGAGCAGACCUGACCAUCUCUGACAAGGUUGGGAACACUGCCUUACACCAAGCUUGUUUUCAUGUACGUCUUUACUGUUUUAACAACUUAUCCAGUUAUGUCACGGAUAUCAAACUGUUUUAACAACUUAUCCAGUUAUGUCACAGAUAUCAAACUGUUUUAACAACUUAUCCAGUUAUGUCACGGAUAUCAAACAUUUAUGUCAUGGAUAUCAAACUGUAUUAACAACUUAUCCAGUUAUGUCACGGAUAUCAAACAUUUCACACUAUAUCUGAAUAGCAAAGUUGAUCACUCCUUCAAUAUCCAACAAACAAAUGGAAUUUUUUAUGUUAUGAGGGCUUAUAAGGAAAUUUGGAAAAUUUCUGCCAUUGAAUAUAUUGAUGUUUAUUUACAGAGUCGUGAAGACAUAGCCCUGUUACUUCUGGAUAAAAUUGACGACUCUGUCACCAUAAAUAUGGCUAAUUCAGAGUUGAGAACGUAAGUCAUAGAUGUACACACUUUGUUUGGCUUGGUCUUGUGUAUAUUCUUGCUGGGUGACAACAUGCCCUAAUAUGGAACUAGCCUGAUGGUCAGUCUUGACGACAGACUUAACUUAAGACACAGGACAUCCUAAUGGUUAAAUAUUCAAAUUGACUUAAGACACAUGAUGUUCUGAUAAGACUUAUUGUAGUGGUUUAGUAUUUAUGAUGGACAUCUUAAGACACAUGAUGUUCUGAUAGACUUAUUGUAGUUGUUUAAUAUUUAUGAUGGACAUCUUAAGACACAUGAUGUUCUGAUAGACUUAUUGUAGUUGUUUAGUAUUUAUGAUGGAGAUCUUAAGACACAUGAUAUUCUGAUAAGAUAUAUGAUGUCCUAGUGGUUUAGUAUUUAAGAUGGACUGAACUUAAGCCAAAUGAUGUCCUGAGGGCUCAUUUCUUCCAAAUGAUGUUAAAUGUAAGGAUAAUCUUUGUAUUGUUCUUCUUCAGGGUUUCCCCUACCCUGUGUUUAUUUCUUAUUGUUUCAACUUGAACGCAGUCCUACCUGUAUUUUGAUUAUGGGUAAUAUGUAUGCAAUAAAUCAUAAUGUUUCCUCUAAUUCUGCUAGGAUCUGCUUGUCUCUGUUUCAGCCCCCUUCACAUAGCUGCCAGGAAUGGCUUAGUCCCAGUGGUACAAGAUCUUAUAGGAAAGGGUGGCAGUGUGUUAGCUCUAGAUGAAAAUGGUAAGACACAUUUCAAAUGUAGCGCUGUGUUUCAGUUACUAGACUAGUUCCCUCAGAGUUGAAGGUUAGAUGAUAUGAAAUUCACAAUGUUUUCAUAAAAGGACAGAAAGGCCUAAUAAUUGUACAAAUUUCAAAGAACUGUUUGCCUUCUGAGGUUUUUGUCAGCAUUGAGACUGAAUAAAGGAUGUAAAAAAAAAAAAGUCAAGUUUUGUCAGAAAACAAUAUAUUUCAUUACAAAUAGUUGAACAGUCUUGAAUAUGCAAUCUGUAGAAAAAGAAAUGAAAGGAGAAUGAAACAUUUCAACCAUUGCUUGAAGUAUGAUUUAAUGGACAAUCCUUGAAGGAGAAUGAUGGGUAUACAAAUGUUUCUUUGGCUCAUAAAAUAAAAGGAUCUAUGCAUGCAUUUUCAUUGAUCUAAUAAAUGGAACAAACAUGCUGCCAUAACUUCUUCUUUUGUUACUGGAACUGGAAGUAGACGUUUACUUAAUAAAUAGUACAAUGAAAUUUGUAUCAACUGAUGAUAAAAUUAGGUAAAGAUUUAAUAUGGCAAAGCAGAUGUGUCAGCUCGUGGGCUGUUCAACCAUUGACACAUUAAAUACAAAAGAGUUAACUAGUCCUAUUUAUCUCGUUGCAUGGAAACUGUUAACAGUGAUGGAAAUCUCAUGAUUGUCACAUAUAGAACGCAACUCAUGGCAUUCAAGACUUUUCAUAUCUGAUAUAAUGUAUGUUGUUGCACUUCCAGGCUACACACCUGCUCUUUCCUGUGCCCCCACUGCUAAAAUAGCCGACUGCCUGGCCAUCAUUCUGGCCCACAUGCCGUUUGCUGCCACACCCAAUCAUGUGGUUUCCAAAUCAUCUCGUUUGACCUCCUCUGCUCCAUCUUACGGUAAGUAGAGCAAAAUAAGAUUCUCAGUUUUGUUCCAUUGAAUUUUAAGGUGGUAACAAAAAGUCAAACAUGCAUCACCAGCACUGAGUUUGUGUUUGACAUUGUUAACAUGAGUGGUGUAUUAAGCCUAAAUUUCUGUAAAUUAAAUUGUUAACACGAGUGGUGUAUUUAGCCUAGACCUGAGUUUCUCUACAUUACACCUGAUUGUUAUGUUUUACUCAAUAGUUCUAUUCAAUUUAUAGCCUGCAUGGAUUCUUGGUUUUGUCACCAUACGUUAUCAGAGAAAUAACUUCUAUUACCUUCUCAUACAGGACUGACAAAGAACUUGGAUGGUCCUGAAACACUAACGGUUGGAACCACAAAUCAUCAAGAUCAUAAAGAGCACUCAGGAUCUUUACCAAGUUCUGAUUCAGAAUUUUACUGAUUAAUUUUUUCUACCUUUCUAGCAAUAGAUGAACAGUUGUACAAAAUUGAAUGUAAUAAUUGAUAUUGAAAGAUGAGCGAGUGCGCAAAUUGAAUGUAGUGACUAAUUAUUGAUGGCAGUGGUAGAGGAAGUGAUGCUGACAAGCAAAUGUUUUCUAUAUAACUUGAAAUAAUCAAACCGCCCUGUUUUUGUUUGGUAUGAUGGGACUUGAGUUGUAUCGCCUUGUAGUUACACAGUGGAAGCAAUUUCUGAUCUUGUGUUUUUAAAAGUAUUUCUCUUAACACAAGGAGACAGUUGUCCAGGGUAAAACUUGUUCUGUAAAGGACGGUCCUGACUCUGGCGAAGUCGCUGUACUACUUGUAUCAAGCUAGCGUGACAUGAGAGUAUAUUACGAUGAUUGUUUUAUUUUUAACACUAAAGUUGGCACAUUGAGAGUUGAUUUAGAAUAUAAUUUAUGAAUUAGCCAAGUGUGUUGUCAUUGUGAUCAUUAUCUCAUGUUCUCUGUUUAUCUCUGCAUGAGCCCAUGAGUUGCUCACGGGGUGGGG